AUGCUUUCCAAAUUCAUGUUUGCCGGCAUCUUCGCCAUCUCCGCCUUUGCAGCUGUACACGACGUCCCAGCCAAACGUGAACCGGCUUACGAUCCACCUACCUGCCAAGAUGGCGGUCAACUCCACUGCUGCCAAGCCACUUUCUCUGGCAGUCUUGCCCCAGUCACCCUCGCAGCCGAUCUCCUCUGCUACGAUCUGACACCAGCAGUCGUGAACUGCAUCAUCACCGACCCACUCACACCAACGAACCAGCCAGAGGGAUGUGUCGGCGAGUAUGCUUGCUGUCAAGUCAAUACUCUCACACCCGUUCUUGGACUCUUCUGCUCGAAGCCUCCGGGUGAUUGCACAGGAAGUGAAGGUGGUGAUCCGCCGCAUUGCUUGGAUCUUGUUGGUGGGAGGUUUAGGCAGUGCUCGAAGGAUGAGGUGGAUCAGCAGAGGGCUGAUCUUGGGCUUGGGCCGUUGUUGAAGCCGGUCACGGGGGUGGGGUGUUGUAAGUAG